AUGGCAGGCCGGCGCAACCUCCUAUCUCUUGCAUGCAGGGCUACGAAACCCUCUCAACGAGCGCAAACCGGGACCUCUUUCCUUGAAUCUGUUCUCCCUGCUUCGAGACGAGCCAAAAGCACGAAUUCAACCUCAGCUCUAGCGUAUAAGGCUCUCCACAGAAGGUCACCCCUUCCAUUGCCGGUGUCAGACACUUCUCCCCAAUAUGGCGCCGCCGCAGCUGUGUCCUCCAUCCUCUACGAAACCCCGGUCGCAUCUCAAGCGCCGCCCAAGAAACACAUCCUGAACUGCCUCGUUCAGAACGAGCCCGGUGUCUUGUCCCGCGUCUCCGGCAUCUUAGCGGCCAGAGGAUUCAACAUUGACUCUCUGGUUGUGUGCAACACCGAGGUAGAGGACCUGAGUCGGAUGACCAUCGUGUUGCAAGGACAAGACGGUGUUGUCGAACAAGCUCGCAGGCAGCUAGAGGAUUUGGUACCUGUGUGGGCUGUGCUGGACUAUACAUCUGCCGCCCUGGUGCAGCGCGAGUUACUGCUGGCUAAAAUCUCUAUUCUGGGCCCCGAGGUGUACGAAGAACUGAUGGAGCACCAUCGCGAGAUGACCAGCCCCGAUUCCGACCAAGGCCCAGUGGAUGUGGAAAACGCCGAGGAGAACGCAGACAAGAGGUUGCAGGAGUUGGAAUCAAAUAAGCCUGAAGAGCCAUCUUUGGUGCAACGAGCGAAAGAGAUGCUCGGUCAAGGCGCUAGCUACCAUCCCAGCCGUCUUGCUGCCAGUCAAGCUUUGCGACACAAGCAUGAACAUCUCGAAGCCAUCACCCAUUUGACUCACCAAUUUGGUGGGAAGGUCCUGGAUAUUAGCACCAACAAUUGCAUUGUGGAAAUGUCAGUGUCUGCCGUUGAUUUAUUUAGUGUUUCAAAGCGCUAA